CGUUUUAUUGGUUUCACGAAGGUUUGCUCUUGUGGCGAUCAGAUUAUUACGUUCAUUUUAGCGAGUACCACGUUUCGUGUCGUUAGACUUAAAAAAUGCGUUACGUGGCCGCUUAUCUUUUAGCUGUGCUCGGAGGCAAAACAUCUCCCAGCCAAAACGACAUAGAAAAGAUUCUUUCUUCGGUUGGUAUCGAAGCUGACAAUGAAAAAUUGAAAAAAGUUAUCAACGAACUCAAUGGAAAAUCCAUCGAUGAUGUUAUAAGUCAAGGUCGUGAAAAGUUGUCCGCUUUACCUGCCGGUGGUGCUGCGCCUGCAGCCGCAGCCGCACCUGGAGCUGCAGCUGCUGCACCAGCUGAAGAAAAGAAAGAGGAGAAGAAACCGGCCAAGGAAGAAUCUGAAUCGGAAGACGAUGACAUGGGUUUUGGUCUAUUCGAUUAAAAAUAAGAACAGAAAGAAGAAAAACAGAUUCUCAGCAGCUGACUAAUGAAAUUGUACAAAUUAUUUGUAUUCUGACUAUUUGGAUAUACUGCUGUUGAAUAAAUCCUGUUUUUAAUUUGCUAAA